AAUCUCUCCUCUCUGUUCUUUCUAAAGACUCUGCAAAGGUCUCUCACCAAGUAAAUGUGCCAGGGGGUCUGGUGGUGGAUAUGGCCCCUAGUGGAGGGUCAGGAGGAGCAUUAGGGGCUUCUGCACUGGCCAACCUGCCUCCUCCCUACCAGCCCGUCAGCAUUAGACCCCUGGGGUCCUCCUCCAGUCUGGAUGAGCCUCAAGACUACCUUUGGCUGCUCAACUGUGAGAGCAAGAAACCUGAGCCUAACAGGGCGCAUGGCGAAUGCUCCAAGUCUACCUCCUCCGAACCCGACUGUAAUGACAACCUCCCUUCCCACUACACGCCCACCUCCUCUUCCAAGCACGCCUCGGUCAAUGGUUUCUUUUCUACCCAGCAUGCCGCAGGGCUCUAUGAUUCUCCUCCUUCGCGCGGACAGUCGUUGUCGGCCGACUCGCAGGGCCUGUACCAUCUUCCCCGAAGUUACUCUCAGGACACUGUGCUGCUGCCGAAGUCGGCUUCCUCCCCUCCCGCUCCUGACAGCGAGCAUGGUGAACUCUACGUCUUUAACACGCCUGGUCGUAAACCCUCCUUAGAGGCCCAGUUUCGGAACUUGUCGGUCAGCUAUGAUAUUCCACCCACACCUGGAAGCAACUGCACCUACCAGGUUCCCCGUACAGCUGGGGUGGAGGCUGUUUCAGGGGCCACAGACGUGGUACCGCCCCCUCGUCCUCCCAAGCCUUUACUGACCACAGGAUCGGUCCCACCUGAGCGGUCGCCCACGGACACGUAUGUGGUGCCACGGUCAGUGUCUGAGACUGAUGGAAAUUACUGUGUGCCAUCUGGUGCAGGAGGGAACAAAGCACUAAGAAGCAACACCAUUGGUACAGUGGAUUCUUCACGUCUGCGUAAAGAUUACGGAUCUCAAGACUGCUAUGAUAUACCCCGUCCCUUCCCCCCAGACAAAAGUUGCUCGUUUGAUUUUAAUGAAAGCUUCAACAACUAUUUUAAGAAUAAAGGCAUGGUGCCAGUAGGAAGUGUUUCCACUGAGGAGAUGGAUGAGAACUAUGUGCCCAUGAGCGUCCACUCUUCGUCACAUCACCGCUCCAGCAGCCUAUCGGAACCGAUUCAGGAGCCCAACUACGUGCCCAUGACACCGGGCACAGUGGAGUUUUCCUCCCUUGGAAAACAGGUGCCCCCUCCGGCCCACAUGGGCUUCCGCUCCAGCCCCAAGACCCCUCCACGCAGAGCAAUGCCCAUAACUGAAUGCCAACCACCACCUGUAGACCGCAACCUCAAACCUGACCGCAAAGGUCAGAGCCCUAAAAUAAACAGAGCAGUCGGUCUUGAGCGAACCGACUCCCAAACCAUAGGUGAAUUCUCAAGACGGCGUAAGGUUAAGCCGGCCCCUUUGGAGAUCAAGCCUUUACCUGAGUGGGAAGAGUAUACGGCACCAGUCCGUUCCCCCGUGACCAGGUCCUUCACGAGGGACCCCUCUAGGUGUACCACGGCCCCCAGACCGUCCUCGGGGCAUAGCACUGCCUCCAGCAGCGACUCCGACGACUGUGAUGAGAAUUAUGUAACCAUGCAACACAAUAUGUCUUCAGAUGAACCAAACAUGAAGUUAGGACCACCAAUGAAUGCUGAUGGAGGUGGCAGUCCCAUGGUGAAGCCCAAAGGAGACAAGCAGGUGGAGUACCUGGACCUUGACUUGGACCCUGGGAAAUCAACUCCUCCUCGGAAGAAGAAGACUAACGGGACUGGUAUUUCAGCAUCAGAUGAGCGGGUAGACUAUGUGGUGGUGGAUCAGCAGCGAACGCAAGCACUGAAGAGCACACGAGAGGCCUGGAGCGACGGACGGCAGUCGACGGAGACAGAAACCCCCACCAAAGGGGCCAAAUGACACCCAUCUCUUUCCUCUUUUCUGCUUGGUCAGGACUCGCGGGAGGCCGAGGAACGGAGGACGCUGCACAUGCUCUGAACCUCCUAUCUGGCCUCCACGUUUGAUUUUAGAUACAGCUGUGUGACAGCGACUAGGUCACAGCUCCCAGAUCAGCUAGUUUACACUGCUUCCUGCUAGACGACAGCACCCACGCAGGGGAGAGCUGAUCCGAGGGAUCCUCAUGUAUAAGCUGACAGACUCGAAGUAAGAUGGACCGAACUCUGCACAGGGGCUGAAGGACUCGCCAAGUCUUAUUGGCUGAAAGCCCAGUGAAAAUUGUGCUAACAAAGCAGCAUUAUUCGUACUAUAAGGAUACACACUGCCCCUCACCCAUCCACUCAGACAGUUUCUGAUUUUUGGAUAUCGUUUUUCCCCCAUCGUGGUGUUAAAGCACAUUAUUCCAUGGGCUUGGGGUGCAUCAGGUCUGUCAACUUUUGUUUUUUGAAUUUUCAAUGUUCCAUGUUCACAAAACUGCCAAGGUGGGUUUUUAGGAUGUGUUUUAGGAACCUAAAAUGUUUUUUUUUUUUUUUUUUUUUUUUUUUUUUUUUUGUGUGUAAAUAGUUCCAUGAUAAUCUGAAACCUUUAGACAUGUUUUUUUUUAUUUGUUUUAUUCUUUUGGGCCUCAAGUGUAAUUCGGUAGUGCAAUCAAAAGGUUUUGAGUUGCUUGAACCGCAAAUCUACUAAGGUGAAAGAGUUAGUUUGUUUGAAAAUUAUUUUCGUUUGCAUUUAAGACAGCAGGCAGACUGUAUAAAGUGUUAUGUACAUGAAUAAAAGUGUCCUUUAUUUGUAUCUAAUAUCUAGUAUGUUAAGGCUAAGGUGUGGAUUCUGCAGGAUAGAAGUCUACACGGUCUGAGAUGGUAUCAGAAACUAUGAAAUGUUAUUGGUGGAAUCAGGAACUGUGAUAGUUUUUAACAGAGAAGAGAAUUCUCUGAUUUUUUUUGUGUUAUUUUCUCUGCUUUAUUUUAUUUUAUUUUUUUUUCAAAGCAAGGUAUCAAUUUACAAAAAGCGCCGAGGUCAGGUACUCACUGAAAGGUUUAACAGAUUUCAUUUAUUUUAUUUUAUUUUAUUUUAUUUUAUUUUGCAGCUAUAGAUGAUGUCUUUAGUGUUGCAGUUCAUAUGUUCUCAUAGAAACCUUUUGAAAUUGCUUACGAGGCGAGAAAUUAUUACAAAGGCUUUGUGCUGUAUGAGAUGCCUUCAUGGAGGGGAGGAAAAGCCGGUCAAGUAGUUUCAGGAAUUUUAUUUUGUUUCUGCAUUCUCUGUGUGACUGCUCUAUCAAUGCAUUUUAUUGCCACUUCGAUAAUUUAUUUCAGAUGUUCCACAGCUCUUGGAAACUAAUUGCCUUACCAUUGCAACUUUUUUUGAAUGUUGUAAAUAUGAUCCGUUCAGCGAUUUUAGCUCAUGUCCGAAUACAUCUAUUCAGAAUACAUCAGCAUAGAACUUUACUGUGUGUGUAAAAUAAAACAGCUCUACUAACUACCAUUCUUAAGCCAAGAAAACACUGUCGAUGUGUUGCAACACCGUUGGUGGCUUCUGCUGUAUAUAUCGAUACAAGCUUUUCAAGCAUGUCUUUUGAUUCAAAGCUGUGCCUAUAUUGUUUCCCUUCUACUCAAAUCUUUUUUUCUUUGAGCCCUCAGACCCUGAUGCUUUAUAUCUUUUUUAAUGAAUCUGAAAGAAAUGUACAUUUUAAAAUAAACUCAAUAAAAAUGAUACUUCAGGAGAUUACUGCUGACAUUGCAA